ACCUAUAUGAACUGCUUAGGGAUAUGAUUUGGUAAUGGACAGGUAUGGUUGGACUCGAUGAUGUCAAAGGUCUUUUCCAGCCAAGGGAUUUUGUUGUUCUGUGACAGUACUUUGAGCUUGCCUGCUUCGUAAAAGGGCAGACAGUGCAGUCUGUAGUUCUGUUUACGUGGACGUAGGCCUACGGCAGAUUACAAGACUUCUUAAGGUUCUCUGAAUGAGUCAUGGUUUCUUCUGACAGUCUAUGACUGUGAUACUGUGUCAGAGUCAGUGUCAAGCUGUUUUGUAGCCCUGAAAGAAAACCGUAGCUGGAGGAUGUUAGAAAGGCAUAAAAUAAUACAGCAUUGGGUACCUGGAAAAUGAGAUCCGGUGGCCAUAAGCAGGCAAGCAGAUGAGUUUUGCUUGUUUACUUUUUCCUGGUUUUCUUGUUUACUUUGUUUUACUUUGAACACAGAAAUGUAGUUUAACUAGACAAAGGCAGCUGUUAAUUGCAGUUGUCAUACCAGUGGAACAUAAGUUGAUUACUUAACUGCACUGAGUUUCCUUUCAGCAGUUUUGAUUUCUCACAAGCAUCAGCAGCCAUAUGUCUCUUACUGUGUCUGUUACUGAUUAGGAAGGCAGCAAUGCAGAGAUUACUCUAAAAGGUCUCCAAGUGCUAGUACUAAAUCUAAAUUUUGAGAGGACCGAUGCAAUAUUCUUACAUGUCCUCAAUUUGUAGCAAAUUGCUUGAUUACAGUGUGCCAGUUUUAUUGGCCUUGGGAAUAAAAGAUUUGAUUGCCAUUCAGUUUUUCUGCUAACCUUGCUUUGCAGAGGUUAACCAGCAGUGAAGGUGAAGUAUUUUUAUUCCUAACUUUUGCAUUUCACGGCAGAGAAUUAGCAUUGUCUGCUCACGAGAGUCUCAGAAGUCUUGCUAGAACUUUAUUAAGACAAAGGAUUUAACUGGCUUUUUUUUAAAAAAAAAGAGUGUAGGCUGUGUCAUUAAGCUGUUGAAUAUGUUCUAAGUUGUUAAUUUUCUUUCUCCAGGAAGAGUAAAACCCAAAAAUACAUUUGCAGUAUUGAAUGGUAUAUUAACAUCUAUAUAACCCUCUUUAAGGAUGCUGAUAUCACUUCUAGGAGGCGGGAUCCAGGAUGACUCGGGAGACAAACCAGACCCCAGCGCCUAUGCUGUGUCGUACGGGAUGUGGAUUUUAUGGAGAUCCUAGGACAAACGGGAUGUGUUCUGUUUGCUACAGAGAGCAUUUUCCGCUGCAGCAGAAUAGUGGCAGAAUCAGCCCCAUGGGAGCAGCCGGUGGUUCAAACAGUCUUACCUCAGAUUCUGCAUCUACCCAGGGAGUAGGCACUAGCCUAAACAACUGUGAACAUGCUGUUGAUACACCUGGAGAACCAAGUACUGCGACGUUUAAAAGGUUGAUGUUGAUUUAUCUGGAGACACGUGCUACAGGAUUUGACUGCCGAUGUGGAAACAUAUUUUGUGGAUUUCACCGUUAUUCUGACAGACAUAACUGCGCAUAUGAUUACAAAGCAGAAGCCGCAGAAAAAAUCAAGAAAGAGAAUCCAGUUGUGGUGGCUGAAAAAAUCCAGAGAAUAUAAGUCAGCCCCCUUGUGAAAAGACUGACUAACUUGUUCAGUCUCCGUUUUUACUUCGUUAUUAAAAAAUGUUCAGGUUUUUGCUUCUCACUUUGUUCUUCUCAGUUAUUAGAUAUUAAAAUACGUAGAGUUAGUUCAUAUUUAUGUAUUUUGCAUAGUCAUGCUACCCAGCAUCUAUGUUGUAUUGUUAUUAUGCAAGUAAUAAAAACUGUGUACAGAAAGAAAGACUUCCUUUGAUUUUUCUUUGGUUUUAGUUAUUGCUGUAAUCAGAAGGUGACCUUAUAGAGGUUGAGGUGCAAAGUUAGUGCAAGUUCUUAUCGAUGUCAUCUUUAUGCCUAAGGCUGCCUGUGUCCUUAUUUCUUGUUUGGAUAUUGCAACUUCUUUUAAGAUAACUUGCUUGACCAACUGAAAUACAGAUGAUUACUUGAUGGCCUGACUGAAAUGUCAGCAGACGACAACAACAUGCUAAAGGAAGCAAAGGAAAGCAUUAGCAAUGAACUUUGAAGGUUUCUUUCAUUCAUCUCCAAAACAUCUUUUCAGUGGAUCUGUUACAAUAGAGCCUGAUAGAGCCAGUACCCUGACGACACAUUCUAUCCACAUCUUCACCAGCAGACCUGGGCAGAAUUAUUGUCAGGUUCAGCAACCAAUACUGUUAGUUAAAUGUGCCAGAUUUAUCCUUCCCAUUGAGAAGAAGGACAGAAUACACAGCAUAUUGUUUUGGAGGAAGACAUAUUCAUUGUGUAAAAAUCACUUAAAUCUGAAAUGGAUAAUACACAUCCCACCAGUCAGCUGAUACUCAUACAGUAAGUUAUGACUGCAGCCACUGUAUAUAGCUCCAGUUAGGGAACACAGAAAUGAUCUGGGACUUCAUUUUCCAGGAUUAAUUCUAUAACUUAAUGAUGGAACUGCUUUAAAGCAUCAAAAUUACCAUUUUUCUACCUUUCUUUAUUAAUCAGCUACUCCACUGCAGCAUAAAAUGUUUUUCUCCUUAUUGCUUUUGAACUUAGGAAUGCCGUGUAAAUUAAUAUUUGAGGAGAACGUGCCUGGGUUUGAUACUGUCAUGUUACAAAGUGUUUCAGGAUGGGUAAUAGUACUGAUUGUGGUCGUUUGAGUGUCUCAGUCUUCACUGUCUACUUUUUCAAAUGAGCAAAGGCUGUACUUGGGAAGACUUGUUGAAGUUACCCAUAGGCUGUGCCAAGUGAUGAUAUUUCCAGAGGUCCCCCUCCUCCUUCUGAGUUCCUAUGACAAUGCUCCUGAAGCUGGAUCACAACCAUUGCAGCACAAUGCUAUUUUUAAUCUAUACAUAGGUGACAACUAUUCUCAAU